CACCAACCUCUCCGUGUCGCUGGCCACCCACUGACCCGACCCACCACACGCUCGACCUCCCCCAUGGAUCACGCCGGCGAGCACCUCGACCCCGCCGCCCCGGCGUCCGCCUCCGCCUCCUCCUCUACGGCAGUCGCCGAGGUCAACGCGUGGCUGGCAUCCCUCGCGGCGGAGGCCGGGUCCGGGGGCGGAGCUGGAGGGCGCGGGGGCGGCGGCGCGGCCGCGGAGCUGUCGCUGGGGCUCGAACCUACGCCACGCGGAGUGGCGUAUAUCCGCGCGCUCGCAGCGGCGUCGCAGGCGCGGUCCCGGGCCGCAGGGAUCGCGGCCGCCGGGCUGCGCGCGCAGGCCGCUGAAUACCGCGCCGAGGCGGCGCGCCUGCGGGAGGUGCUCGAGCGGGCGGGCCUCGCUCGGGACGCACUCCCGCCGCCUGCCGCGGCGGCGGCGCGCGCUGUUGCCGCCGUGGGUAACCUUCUAGCCAUCCGUGACACCGAGAUGAGCAGCUUUGUGGUGGCUAGUGCGGACUUGUCGCUGAGGCGAGCAGAGGUGGAGGAGAAGAGGGACAAAGUACAUAAGGAAUCAAAGGCACUCCUUGAUUACACGAGGAAGGCCAUAACCAAGCUUACUGAGCUCAAGAAGAUGCUGGAGAAAUUAAGAAAUGAUGUCGAGAAGCAACAAAUGGAGCAAAUAGAGGAUUGGCAGACAAAGCUAGUCAUGAUGGACUCAAAGGAACGACAGUAUGUUCUCCAAGUCUCAAAUUAUAAGGCAAUGCUUAAUCGAGUGGGUUAUACACCGGAGAUCAAUCAUGGUGUGUUGAUGGAAAUGGCUGAGCAUAAGAAGGAUCUUGAGAGGAAGACAAAACCCAUCGCGGACACAUUAAGAAGCUACCAGGAUUUACCACCAGACAAAGCUUUAGCUGCGCUAGCUAUAGAAGACAAAAAGAGGCAAUAUGCAGCUGCAGAGAAAUAUCUUGAAGACGUGUUGCAAUCUGCUUUAACCACUCCUAGCCUAUGAUGUGCAUUUGAGGAAAUGCAUAGUUCUAGUUGGCGUGUCUUGUAUGUUGCAUUGUUUGAAGGUGUAAUGGUCAUUAACUUUUUUGUAAGUUGUAAGUUGGUCUAUAAUCCUGUAAAAUCCCCAUCCAAUGUCUUCCUGACUAGGUUAAUUUCACCAUAGAAACUAAAUUCUUUUGCAGUUAUGAUGUCAGUGGCAAUCCAGAUACUCUGUCCAAACAGCGUGGCCUGUUGAAUCACUGAUGAUUCGUUUGUUCGUGUGUGUGUGUUUGUGUGUGUGAUUUUUGGAUGGGCAUUGUGAUCUAUUGAGUCAGUGAUCAUGUCUGUUUACAGAAUAGCUGAAAUGGUAUGUUUUAAUGGACAUAUACAUCUGUUAUAUGGUAUGUAUGUUCAUGGUUUGCUGGCC